AUGGUAAGCACGGCGCUGCUUCCUUACUUCGGCACGAAUUUCAAGCUGUCGCUGGCGACCACCCUUAACCACGCAAUGUGGUAUCACAGCUUCAACGUCCCAGUUGAUGACUGGGUACUGUACGAAGUGGAAGGGGUCGCUGCGGUAACCGUUCCGGAUGGCAUCUCUAGACCCGCCGCUAGCGGAACGGUCAACAACAGAAAUGGACGGACGUCGUUGUAUUGUCUGUUACCUUAA